AUGGUACUGACUUCCUUCCCAGGGAGCGUGGGCCACUCGGCUGCUGGCGGCGGUCGGGAGAGGACGCGUGCACCGGCAGUGCAGAGCGGCCUGGGCGCGCGACGGACCCGGCUCAGCCAUGAUGUGGGUGGUGUUCACGGUGGUCUUUCUGGUGGUGUGGUUGCUCUAUCAGAACAAACGGCCGAAAAACGCCCGCCCGGUCCGACGAACAUCCCGCUGCUGGGGCGCGCGCUGGAGCUGGACCCGAAGCAGCCGGACCGGACGUUCCUGCGCUGGCAGAGGCAGUACGGCGCCAUCUACAGCGUCAAGCUGGGUGUAGAUACGGUGGUGGUGCUCUCGGACGCCGCGCUCAUCCGAGAGGCGUUCAGCAAGGCGGCGUCCACAGGGCGGCCGAAAGGCGGCCUCUUCGAGAUGCUCGGCGUCGAACGGGGCCUGAUUCUCUCAACCGGCGAGCUCUGGCACGUGACGCGCCGAUUCGCGCUCUUCCACCUGCGUAACUUCGGCAUGGGCAAGGCGCGGCUGGAGGAGGUGAUUCGCGAACAGGUGGACGACUUUCUGGCGCAGGUCGUGGCGCCGAACGAGGGCUGCCCCCUCGACAUCGACAAGAGUCUCGACAUCGCCGUUGUCAACAUCGUCUGGGGCAUCGCCGCCUCCGAGACGCUCGGCAUCACCGACGAGCGCGUGCUCAACAUCAUGAACAAGGGCAAGGAGCUCACCGAGAAGACGAAGCGCUUCAACUGGUUCGCGUUCCUGCCGGUGCUGUUCAAGAUCCUGCCCAAGUCACUGACACAGGUGGACGUGGUGCUGGAACUCUUCGGCUACGCGCGCAAGCACCUGAUCAUGCCGGUCAUCGAGGAGCACAGGCGCCGCUUCGACCCGACAGCCGAGCCGCGCGACUUCAUCGACUGCUUCCUGCUGGAGCAGCGCAAGGACCCGCACCACUUCACUGACGAGGGCCUGGUGCAAACCAUCCGCGACAUGUUCAACGCCGGCAGCGACACCACGGCCACCACGCUGCGCUGGAUCUUCUGCUGCCUGUGUGCGCGGCCGGCGGCGCAGCGGCGCGUGCAGGCCGAGAUCGACGCGGUGGUGGGCGGCAGCCGGCCGCCCUCGCUCGCCGACCGCCAGCGUAUGCCCUUCACGGACGCCUUCAUCAUGGAGACGCAGCGACUGGCGGACAUCGCACCGAUGGGCGUCAUGCACGUGGCGGAGGCGGCGUUCGAGCUGGGAGGGUACACCGUGCCGCGGGGCGCCGCGAUCGCCGCCCUCUUCCCGGCCGUGCACAAGGACCCGCGCAACUUCCCCGACCCGUGGACGUUCCGGCCGGAACGUUUCCUGGACGCGGACGGCAAACUGCAGCCGAGCAAGGCGCUGAUGCCGUUCUCGGUCGGCAAGCGCUCCUGCCUCGGCGAGGCGAUGGCGCGCUCCGAGCUCUUCCUCUUCACCACGGUGGCGCUGCAGCGCUACAACUUCGCCCUGCCGGCCGGGUGCGAACACGACCUCUCGCGCGCGGACGCCGGCGGGCUGGCGUCGCCCGUGCCCUACAAGGUGGUAGCCACGCGCCGAUGAGCGGGGCCGCUGUGUGCCGGCUCCCUGCGGGCUGGGCUUCGGCGGGAGUGACGGUGGUCGUGGACGCCACUCUCUGGGAGGCUGUGUUCGGAGGGGAAUUCGUUCCACUCGUUCGGUUCGUUCGGAUCAGGCGGAGUUCGCCCAGAAUCAGAGCUGGCUGAUGAUGUUUUUUGUGCUCGCACUGAUCGGUUUGAGAGGGCUUGGGCACGAUGCUCCGCUAAAAUCGGAACAAGCCAGUAGCAUGUGUAGAAGAACAUAUGUAGCACAAAUGUACUGCGGCGCUGCUAGAAUCGAACAUUUUAGCAGGGAGCCAGCGAAAAAUCGAAUAGAAAAAGCAGGUGUGUCUUAACAAAGACAACGCAUCAAGCGCUACGCUUAAUAAAGUGGCAAUGA